UGUCCCUCUGACACAGCAGAUCACUAAUCAACGGAAAGAGCCGAAGAUAGGGCACAUGUACACUGAUCAUCAGGACACUGAUGAUCAGUUUGCCCUAAUGAUCAGUGUAGCCCCAGCAGUGCCACCUGUCAGUGUCCAUCAAUGCCAGCUGUCAGUGCUUAUCAGUGUCACCUGCCAGUGCCCAUCAGUGCCACAUCAAUGCCACAUAUCAGUGCCUACCAGUGCAGAUCAAUGCCACAUAUCAGUGCCCAUCUGAGCUGCCUUUCAGUGCCACCUAUCAAUGCCAGUCAGUGCCACCUAUCAGUGCUUCCAAUCAGUGCCGCCUAUCAGUGCCAGUCAGUGCCACCUAUCAGUGCCAGUCAG